UAUGACGCCUAGCGUAUAAACUCUUUUCCUCCAUCUCUCUCCUCUUCGUAAAAACCCACAAGUAGUCUUAUCUCCAUUUGUGUUUGACUAUUUUCUUUACAAAAUUCAGAAAACGAGUAGUCAAGUUCAAUACAAAAAGGUCAACCAUUGGGGUUUUGACUUUUCAGAGAGAAUCCAACCGAUUCAUGGUCGUGUGGCGUGUAAGGUUGCACUUGUCGCCGCCAUGAAUUCUGCUUCGCAUGCGGAAAAAACUACACUCCUCUGUUUUUACGACGCCCAAGUAACCAACUUUUCAUUAAGAUGGAAUGACAUUCCUGAUGUGUUGCGUCUGUCAUUUACGUCCCUUGCAAGAUCACUGUCAAUGUACCCGGUUACAAUGUCUUCUUCACUCCCUUGGUGUAUAGAUUAAGCAAUAGUCAAUGGUUCCUUUAAUAUAUCUCAGAAUGUGUUCCACUGCUCAUAGAUGCUUGACUGUGGGUCUCUCCAUGAAUCGACUUACAACCCCGACAACAUAAAAGAUGUCGGGUCGAGUGUGUGUGAGAUAUCUUAAAUCUUCAAUGAUGUUCCUAUACUCUAUGGGAUUUACCGGGUCUCCCUCUUCAUCUUUUGUUAGCUCUAACCUGGAUUCAAUUUGAUAUUUGCAUGAGUUGCACUCAGCCACGCCUGCCUUUUCCAAGAUAUUUUUCGCAUAUCCUGUUUGCUUUAGCGUAAUACCAUCUUUAUGUUGACCCACUUCAAUACCCAGGUAGCAUGACAAAGAGCCGAGGAUUUCUCAUUGGCUUUAACAUUUGGCUAAUGACAUAUAAGAACGAUACGAAAGCAAAUUUAGGUCUCUCAGUCGAUAUUACUAACCAGUGGCAGAAUAGUAAUAUGGCUGCAGGUGCAGGUGCAAAUGCAAAUUCAAGGGAAGAUAUGAUGCCUUUUGUGGGGUCCGAUACAUUAGCCGAGCUAGUUUGGUCUCCACGAACAGGUUUAACCAUUAAAAUUGUCGAGAAGAAACCGUGUUUUAUGUGGGAUGUUGGCCCAAGCGAUAUUAGUGGUUCACAACACCAAAGUGCAUCCGAACAAUUAUCUAACCAGGUAUCCGAAGAGGAAAUGGCUAGACAUGUUGAUGGGUCAGAUUCUGAUAAUAAAUCACCUUUGAAAAUUGAACCUUUGACUCAGUGUGAGCCUCAAGAACAUGUUGAAAAGGGUAAUGUUACAAUUGAAAAAGAUGGUUGCAUUAACGACCCUUUUCUUGAAAAUACCCAAGAUGAGAAACACAAGGUUGAUAGCCAUGGAAGCAUAGAAAGUUGCAAAAGUGGUAAUUUGUUGACUAAAAGGAAGAGGAGAGUGAGCUUUGAACAACAAUUGGUUCUUGGAACUAGUGGAAUAAAGAAGCAACGCCAUGUUGGAAAUGAUGUUUCUUUCAUGAACUGGAUAUCAAAUAUGUUGAAAGGUUUAAAAUCCCAAGAGAAUCAAAGUGUUUGUGACAAAACUCAGAGUUUAGAGAGCCGAAAAAUGGGAUUUCAAAGUGUUUUUCGCUCUCUCCCUUUACAAGAUGUGAAGGCACAUGAACCAAUAACACAAGUUGACAAAUGUAAUCAUGAAUCCCUCGAUUUUCUAAAUAUAAAAAAGAAAGAGGUCAAGGGUGUUGUGAAACAUAUAAGUUUGUAUGAAAGAGUAACUAAAGAAGCACCAAAAGAUAUCUUUGACACUAUAAGGAGGCUUAGGUUAUCACGUACAGAUAUCCUCAAGUGGAUGAAUUCCGGAUUCUCGUUUUCACAUUUAGAUGGGUAUUUUCUACGUUUACGGGUUGCCAAAUGGGCAGAAGGAGCAGGGGGAUCAAGGUACUAUGUUGCAUGCAUAACAGGAUUACAAGGAGAAAACCCAUGGAGAGGUCUGAAGCAACCUAUUCCUGUUAAAGUUGGAGGUGUUGAAUGCUUGGUAGAAAGUCAAUAUGUCUCUAAUUGUGAUUUUCUUGAGGACGAACUUGUAACAUGGUGGCAAAAAGCGUCGACAAAUAAAGGGACUCCAUUUGUGAAAGAUUUGUACUCAAAGUUAGCUGAGAGGAAAACAUUGGGUUUGUAGUUCAUGAAAACAACGCAAAGGAACGUGUGUGUAGAAUUUUCUUACACAUUUUGGUUUUUUGCACUGGAUUAUUGUGCAUAUGUUUACAUGUUACACGUUAACACAACAACUAUUACUAUGCCCAAUUCCCAUUAGGUCGUGGGGGUAAGGGGAGAAGUUUGAUGUACACAUCCAUACGUCCACCUGAGGGGUAGAGAACUCCUUCCAUAAGUGAUUUUCAACAACGAAGUGUGCUUUUACGUGCGACUUAAAAGGGAUUUUGGUUGUCACGGCAAUAAAGUGUCUUUUUUUUUUUGUUUGUUUACUUGCUUAUCUGAGAGAAAAUUACAUUGUAAUAGAUAAUUGAAGUUUAAUGGUUUUGGAUUGUAGUUCCCGAAAGUUAUCAGUAUGAAAAUAUAUUUAAAUUGAACAAAA